CUUCUCGAGUACAUGGGAUUAUUUGAGGGUCAGGAAACGCCACUUAUUCGCAUAGGGCUAUGCUUCCUGGACGACUGCAACGCAGCUGAUUUGCAAGCACUAGCGGACACAGUGAAACCUCCUAUGGUAGAUAUUCUGGUGUCAAACUGCGUUACAUCGGAGCCCGAACCAUGGACCUCAUUGCAAAUCGGACUUGUCGCAUUCCUAGCCUUCCUAGGCAUAAUUAUAGCCGGCGCCACGAUCAUUGACAUUAUCACAAAAGCCAAGCCAAACUACAGCGAGAAGGGUGGCACGCUGCUUCAGCUUGUGGAGGCGCUCUCAGCGGCGGCCAGUACUCGCGAAUUGUUCCACGCUGCCGAAAGAUCGAGCGCCGACAACUACUCCCUGCGCUUCCUGUACGGAAUACGGACCAUCAGCCUGGGACACAUUGUGCUCGGCCAUUGCCUCCAGAUUGCGUCAGACGCUUGGUCACGCAUGCUAAACUUGCUGAUAGUAUCCGACAAAUGGUACAACCUGAUUUUGCCGGCUGCCUACAGUAGCGUGGACACGUUCUUUUUCCUCAGUGGAUUUUUACUGUGCCUCGCUGUGACGAAGCAGAAGGGGAAUAUGAAUAGGAUCAUCGUCUUCAUAAUCGCUAUCUAUCGAAGGUUGAUCAGGACUUGCCUUCCAGUCUUCUUUGUCAUCACGUGCAUCUUUGUGCUUCCACGUUUCGUAACCGGACCGGAUGCGAAAUCGUUCUUCCAGAAGUUCGACGAAGAAAUUGCGGAAAACUGGUGGCAUCUGAUCAUUCCGAUAAGAAAUUUCUUUGGCAUGACCGAAAGGUCUGUGAUGAUACACCUAUGGUACAUAUCUGCAGAUUUCCAGCUUUUCAUCGUCGCCCUUCUGGUUCUUUUGCUGUUCAAAGGUCAGAAAAGGCUGGCCGUUGCAGCCUUCAUCGGGCUGUCUUUACUGGGGUGCGCCAUCGCCACGUGGCAAGCGACCAAUCCGGACAUCACGCCCUUCAUGAUCUACCCUGCAUUCACAAGAACAACAUUGUUUGAGACCAUGAAUAAAUACUACAUGUGGCCUUUCUACCAUGCGGUGUGCUACUUCAGUGGCUGUAUGACCCUCCUUGUUCUGGAAGACUUCAAGAAUCGUAAGAUUUCCAGGGUCAUGAAUGCCGUGGGAUGGUUUGUGGCAGCUUUCUGCGCAGUCUGUACUGUGUUCAUGAAGUAUCCGUGGUACAUAAAAACGAAUCCCACCUCGGAAGGUGUGAAACUGUUCAUGGCCUUCCUCGACCGCAUCCUGUGGUCAUUGUUCCUCUCGUGGUUCACUAUGGCUUGCGCCACUGGACGAGGAGGAUUUGUUAACAGAGUCCUCUCUUCGGACAUAUUUGUGCCCCUGGGCAAGCUCUCCUUUGGCGUCUACCUGAUACACUACCCCUUCAUCAUGGUGGUGCUGCAUACAACCAGAGAGCGCCUGCUGUGGUCUUACUUCACUGUGGUGACCCUGUUCUUUGGUGUGUUCAUCUGGAGCAACAUUCUGGGGUACAUGGCAUUCCUCGCUUGUGAAGCUCCGACUGCCGCCGUUGACAAGCUUCUUUUCCGAAAACUCCUGGGACGGAGGAGACCCGCAAAGCAAGAGUCACACCCGGAUGCUGGCGACGUAGCAAACGGGCAGAAACAAAUUCCACCGUUGUGGUCUAAACUUUAAUAUCCCAUUUCUGUCCUUUUUUUUAUCGCUUUUCUUUGUUUUUUUUUUUGUAAUG